CAGUCAUUUCUUAUCCACUAGCAGUAGUACUUGGUCAGUGGCCUAGUCUCGCUCGUCCGCAGCUCACACUGACAUUUGCCUCCGCUGUAAAAAAAUCCCAGAUCAAUCGAAGAGAAGCAGCCGUAUUUGGCAAGAAUCAUCCGGGGCCGAAAAGAAUGUCUGCGCUGCGCUGAUCUCCUCCUUCGCCGUCGCUCAGGUUAACGGGCGGAGCUCUCUGGUCGGUCAAGAGGGAGGGGGGCAAGGGCGGUGUCCGUCCGGUCAUCUCACCGCCGGCACCGGCCACGGCCGCGCCGACGGGUCCUGGGGGAAGCUUCCGGUGCACGCUACCAGUUCGAUGAAAUGACUGACACCAGCACGGCCGAGGAAUCAUCAAAAUACGACGAGGAGGACCGGAUCAGCGCCCUGCCGGACGUCAUCCUGCACCACGUCCUUGGCUUCCUGUGGGCCGAUGAGGCGGUGCACACCUGCCUGCUCGCCCGGCGCUGGCGCUACCUUUGGAAAUCCAUGCGUUGUAUCCUCGUCUAUGACAAGGGAUGGUGGAGGAAGAGCACUCAUGUUUUUCUUAACAAGUUCAUGGACUGUGUGCUGCUCCUCCGAGACCCCGGUUCGACUCUAGAUGAGGUUCACAUCGAGUAUGAUCAUUUGGAGGAUGAUCAUACAUGGAUAGACCUUUGGAUUGACAUCUGGAUCCGUCAUGCUUUGUCAUGCCAAGCUCAAGUGCUCACUGUGAGGCUCUCGUAUGAGGUGGAUUUCUGUUUGGAUGGUCCUCCGGUGGUCUCCCGACAUUUGAGAAGAUUGGAGCUUUCUGACGUGACGUUGAAAGGCAACUUCAUGAAUUUUUCAAGUUGUUCAUCGUUGGAAGAGCUAUAUAUAGAAGACUGCUACUUAGAGACUGGCAGGAUCUUGUCCCAGUCUUUAAAGCAUCUAACCAUCAAGGGGUGUUUUUCCAGAAAUGAUGGCCGGAUUCGUGUUACUGUUCCAAAUCUAGUUUCGCUGCAACUCCUAUCAUUUCGAGGUAGGACCCCAUUGUUCGAAAGCAUGCCAUCAUUAGAAACCGCAGUUGUCGAGCCGAACAACUACUUGGAGGAUUACUGUUGUAAAGGUGUUGCUUUGGAGUGUUGUGGUAUUUGUGCAGAUUGCUGUGGUAAUGAUGAUCACAAUGGUAAUUGUGUACUUCUUGGAGGUCUGUCUCAUGCUAAAAGCCUGGAGUUGACCGCUUAUCCGGGAAUGCUUAUCUUCAGAAGGGAUUUGAGAUGGUGCCCUACAUUUAGUAAGUUAAAGACUUUGUUGCUGAAUGAGUGGUGUGUGCAACCUGACCUCCGUGCACUAGUUUGUAUGCUUGAACAUUCACUGGUUCUCGAGAAUCUGACGCUCCAAUUGUGUGAGCAAGGAAAACCUACAGGUGCAGUGGAAGCGGAAGAAAACCAUAGUUUGAUGGAGAAACCAGCUGCUAUUUCAGGAUACCUGAAGAUUAUGAAAGUCAAAUGUGAAGAUAUUGAUGGUAGAGUUUGCAAAGUUUUGAAGUUCUUGAUUAUACUUGGCAUGGACAUUAUUAUCCAAAGGAUUGACGGAUAGUCGGAGAAAACUUUCAAGAGGUGGCGAGAAACUUUUGGGCGUUGAUGGAUGUAUCACCCUGCGACCAUUCAGCGUCAAGAGGCGGCGAGGAACUUUUGUGUACCAUCCCAUGAGCAUUGAGGAAUGCAAAGAUGAAAGCUAGUUGCUGUCUUUCUUUCAUGGAAUUCUUGUAAUUUGCAACUCAAAUCUGUCGAGAUGUGUGUACUGAUUACUCUGCUUAGUGUAGUAUUAUUAACGAUAGAAUUGGUGAAAAGGAACAUCAUCAUCACCAUCAUCGUACUAUACCGGCUUAUUGUGUAUCGUAUUUUUAUUACUUAAAAUUGGUUGAAAGCCCGUUGGGUAGCAAGAA